UCCGCUUUCUGAAAGUGUCUCCAGACAGAAUGCAGGCUUGUGAACUCGCUGCACUGAUAUUGCUGACUGUAGUGAGCUGCUCCAGACAGUAUGAAGGGCUGCCCAAGACUACACUCACCCUGGAGCCUCCAUUCCCAGAGAUAUUCACCGGGGAGACAGUCACUCUGAGGUGUGGGGUUGAGGGGGGUUCUGCUGGCUGGAAAUAUCUCUGGUACAAAGACAGUGAGGACACUCCAGUGCUCCAGACUGCUGGACGCAGUAUAACUGGUGACAGCUACACAAUCACUGCAGCUGCUGUAUCUGACCAGGGCCAGUACUGCUGUCGAGGACAAAGAGGAGAUCAACCACUCUACUCACAGCUCAGUGAUAAAGUGACAUUAACUGUGUCUGAGGGUCAUCCUCAGGCUGUCCUGACCCUGCAGCCUGCCUGGGCACAGAUAUUCACAGGAGAGACAGUCACCCUGAGCUGUGAGAUGGAGGGGGGCUCUGCUGACUGGGGGUUUAAACAGUACAGAGAUGGACGUGAAGAGGCAGGGUGCAGUGAUCAAUACAGGAGUAGAUAUGGGGACAGCUGCACAAUCAGUAAAGCUCAGAAUUCCCACAGUGGAGUGUACUGGUGUGAGUCUGCAUCAGGACAGGAGCGCAGUAAUGCUGUCACCUUAGCUGUGUCCAAUCAAUGGAUGAUCCUGCAGACUCCUCCCCAGCCUGUGAUUGAGGGAGACACUCUGACUCUGAGGUGUCGUGUCCGCACAGGUUAUACAGCUACCAGGGUUGACUUUUAUAAGGAUAAUGAAGUAUUACAGUCCCAGGCUGGCACAGAGCUGAGUGUGGAUCGUGUUUCAAAGAGUGAUGAGGGGUCCUACAAGUGCAGAGCAUGGAGGAGGAUGAGAGGCUCCUGUUACUCUAGUGACUCUGAAGAGGUGCGGGUGUCAUUGAGAGAACGACCCCAGGCUGUCCUGACCCGGGAGCCUGCAUGGACACAGAUAUACGAAUCAGAGAGAGUCACACUGAGAUGUCAGGUUCAGGCGGGUUACACUGACUGGAGAUUCACAUGGUACAAAGCUGAGAGGAAUGGUCCAGUAACCCAGGAUUACUACAGCAGUAUAGAUGGUGACAGAUUCACAAUUAGCUCUGCUACUGGAGACCACAGUGGGGAAUAUACCUGUAAAGGUGAAAGGACAGGUAACCCAUCGUACUCUAAAACAAGCAAUGCUCUUACACUGAGAGUAUCAGAGCUGUUCAGCACACCCACUCUGACAGUGCUACCUGGUGCCUCAGUGUGGGAGGGAGAGGCUGUGACUCUGCAGUGUGGGGCUCACAUAAAUAAACAGGGCACACAGCUGCAGUACCGCUAUAGCAAAGACAAUGGGACUGUGAGAGGAGCGGGAUCACAGGAUCAGCACUCAAUCCCAGCGGCAGGGCUGAGAGACACAGGGAGAUACCAGUGUGAGGUGGAGGCAGCAGGGACGGGGCUGAAGAAAAGGAGUGCUUCUGUGUCACUGACUGUGAGAGAGGGACGACCAAAGCCUGCACUGUCCUGGGAGCCUGCAGGAGAGAUAUUUGAAGGAGACACGGUCACCCUGAGCUGUGUGGUUGAGGGGGGCUCUGGUGGCUGGAGAUAUCUCUGGUACAAAGACAGGCAGGGAGCUCCAGUGUACCAGACUGACAGCAGCAGUGGAACUGGAGCCGGAUACACAAUCAGUGCUGCUGCUCUGUCCCACAGUGGAGAGUACUGGUGUGGAGCUGGACGGGGCAGGAACACGUCUUACUCACAAUACAGCGAUCCCAUCUGGGUAAAUGUAACUGCUCUGUUCUCCAGGGUGACUCUGACAGCAUCUCCAGGAGCCACAGUGAAGGAGGGAGAGGCUCUUAACCUGACCUGUGAGGCAGCAGUGAAAAAAAAACCCCGCCCUGAACUCCACUACACCAUUGUGAGAGACGGGGAGCCUGUGACUAACAGCACUGACUCUGCACUGUACAGCAUAGCCAUCACUGAGAAGAGCCACACUGGGAGCUACACGUGUGCUGUGGAGUCACAGGGAGUGGAGAAGAGCAGCCAGGAGCUACACAUUGAAGUGCAAACGUCCUGGCACAGCGCUGCUGCUGCUGGCUUCAGUGUUGGCUUCUUUGUGAUUCUUCUCAUUGUGUUCACUCUGCUUCUCCUCUAUCACAAGAUCAGAGGUUUCCCGUGUAUCACCGGUGGUAAGAGGAGGGAACGCUCGGAUCAGAACCAGGACCAAGCAGCAGGGGGAGUAGAGCUCUCCAGCCAAGCACAGCAACCUGAUUCUGAAGACAUCGUUUACAGUGCGAUUGACACCAGCAAACACAACAAUACAAAGAAAGGUAAGAAUCUCUGUAAAUUGUGUCUCUGAAUUCCCAAG